CUGCCAUCUGAGACAGCUCCCACUUUGUGCCCGCUGCGAAGAACGAAUGUUUCUUGCCCCACAGCAUCCCACAUGCUUCAACAUGCUCGCCCGAACCACCUUCUCCAGAGCGUCCCGUGGCCUCCGUAGCUUCUCUUCCAGCUCGACUGCAUUCUCGAAACUCCGCAUCGGAUACAUUCCCGAGCACUUCUCUACACCAUUGGCUUUUGCAACGCACAAAUAUUACCUCAACGCCGAUCUGGUACCGUUCCCCACUGGUACGGGCGCCCUGGCAGCAUCGCUUAAAGCCCCAAGAGGAGAUAAUGGAAGCAUUGAUGUAGCCAUUGGCCUUACAGAAGGCUUUGUGGCAGAUCUAGGCAAGUCAAAAGCUGCAGGGCAACAUGCUGGCUAUGGAUUUGUGGGGACAUACGUGGAAUCACCAUUAUGCUGGGCGAUCUCGACUGGAGCGAAGAGGAGCGAGAUAAAUAGCGUGGACGAUCUGAUGGGCAAGAAGGUCGGCGUAAGCAGAAUUGGCAGUGGCAGCUAUGUCAUGUCCUUCGUGCUCGCUGAUCAGCGAGGCUGGCUGCAGAACACAAAGGAGCCGUUUGAGGUGGUUCCCAUUGGAGACUUUGCUGCCUUACGCAAGUCUGUUGGUCAAGACAAGAGCAGCGAUUUCUUCAUGUGGGAGCACUUCACUACAAAGCACUACUGGGACAAUGGCGAGUUGAAACGAAUUGGAGAGAUUUAUACACCCUGGCCAAGCUGGAUGAUUGUCGCGCGGACACAUGAGAAUCUCGAGGCCGAGGUGGAAGAUAUGAUGCAGAGAAUCAAUGAUGGCAUGCAAUACUACCGCGAGAAUAAAGAGGAGGCUGUAAAUCACAUUACGACAACCAUGGAAUACUCGAGAGAAGACGCACAAGAAUGGAUGAAGACAGUGCGCUUUCCAGAAGACGUCCGAGGAGUCAGUGCCAGCACGGUGGACCAAACAGCAGAAAUUCUGCGAAAGGCCGGUGUGUUAACGGACGCUGCUGGUGGAAGCGAGCACAUGAUCAUUGUGGGGCGUGCAGAACCAGAUAUUGUGACAAACCCAGCAGAUGUGUAGCCCAAAUUCUCUUAGCAAGAGCCGCGGCUGUAUCUCGACAUUGGGGUCUACUCGGAAGUGCUAGGCCCUAUCGCUAUGCACCCAACCAAGUAGUCACUAUUACUGGUACCUCCUAGCGCCGAAGUGGAUUGGACUGAUGCAGCGGGCAAUCGGAAUUUCGUAACGAGAGGCGAGUCCAUUGACACAAGAUUUACUGAGUCAACGAUCCGCGUGAUAUGCCACGCGAACUGGAGCGAAUGGGUUAUCACGCGCGCUUGAUAGCUCCUGAAGGGCCCAAUCCCGAGACGUGUGCAUCGUUGAAGGCAUCGCAUUUUGCGGAUGAAACGGUGCUGUGGUGAAUCGACUAUGGCAAGGCGUAUCUAUUCGAGCUAUCAUGGCGCUGUUUUGCGCAUUUGUGCGUCACCUGUAUCGAACGUACAGUAUCGUACCCAGAGCUUCCUCAAUUGAGUUUGAUAGGCACUGGAGCUUGACAUGGUUUUGUGUAAGGAUAGCCCGAGCGUGAAACUGCUGCUGCUCUGUUUAGCAAGAACGUAGUUUAAAAUAUCUCAACAAUAUCGCGAAGA